CUACCUUGGAGGGGAAGUGAGGGCAAAAAGGCGCCUUAGAUUAGGCGCGAGUGCCUGUCUGAGAGACUGAAUUUAGGGCAAAGCCUAACCCGAUUCUGGAAUCCCAUGAUCCUUUUCGAAAAGAAUAGGUCCCAGUUAUUUGUAUCCAUAGGGGUUCUUGUAGCGCACCGGUGACAAUUUUAACGCUAAUCUUUAGCGACACAUUUUUCUGUUUACCGUAUUUAAUGGGCUUUUAUUUGGAUAACCCAUAGUAUUAUUAGACACUGGUUUUUAUUUUAGACUUGACUACAGUUGAACAUCCUCUCUCCUUCGGUUCCUGUUUAUUUCAGGAUGUCUUACCCUCCUCCGCUCAACCGACAGCAGAUUGGCAUCCCGCAGUUACCUCCCAGGAUCCCACCUCCUCAGUAUGGGGGAUUUGCCCCGGCUGUCCCGCCAGGUACUCCCAUGAUCCCGGUUCACAUGGGUGUAGUGACCCCCACACCCACAGUUCUUGUCCCGACCACCAUUGCUGUAGCACAGAAGCCGAUGGCUCCAAAGAAGGAGCCUGGCAACAUCAGAGCCAAGGACAUAGAGGACAACGGUGGCCCCACCACCACUGUAUUUGUAGGGAACAUCUCUGAAAAGGCAUCUGACAUGUUGGUCAGACAGCUUUUAGCGAAAUGUGGUAUUGUUCUGAGCUGGAAAAGGGUCCAAGGUGCGUCUGGGAAACUUCAAGCUUUUGGGUUCUGUGAAUAUAAGGAGCCUGAAUCCACACUGCGAGCCCUCAGACUUCUGCACGAGUUGCUCUUGGGUGAUAAGAAGCUGUUGGUCAAAGUAGAUGCCAAGACCAAGGCCCAGCUAGACGAGUGGAAGGCCAAGAAGAGGAGUGCCAAUGGGGGAGCCAGUGGUGGGUCAAAGAACGGGGACGAAGAUGAGGAGGAGGUUCUUGAUGAAGAAACCCUGCGUCGGGACCAGGUUGUGAAGGGGGCAAUAGACAUCCUCAUCCGAGAGUAUGCAAGUGAGCUUAAUGCUCCCUCACAGGACCCUGACAGUCAACCUCGCAACAAGAAGCGGAAAGAGAAGAAAGAGGAGGAGGAUAUCAAUGCCAUGGAGAUGGAGGAUGACAAGAGAGACUUGAUUUCCAGAGAGAUCAGUAAAUUCCGCGACACACACAAGAAACUGGAGGAAGAAAAAGGAAAGAAAGAAAAGGAGCGACUGGAGAUCGAGAGGGAAAGGAGAGAGAGAGACAAAGAGCGGGAGCGCGAGAGGGAGCGCCGCGACCGCGAGAAAGAGAAGGAAAGGGAGCGGGAGAGGGACAAGGAGCGGGAAAGAGACCGAGAUCGUGACCGUGAACGGGAGAGAGAUCGCGAACGGGAGAGGACUAAGGAGCGAGAGAGGGAGAGGGAGAGGAGUCGAGACGUCAGUGAAGAUCGCAGCAGAUCGAGAGAGAGGACUAGAGAAGAUAAAAAACGAGACCGUGAAGAAGAUGAGGAGGAUGUGUACGAACGGAGGAGACUUGAGAGGAGGCUUAGAGACAAGGAGGCGGCUUACCAAGAGCGCCUGAAAAACUGGGAGAUCCGGGAGAGGAAGAAGGCUCGUGACUACAGCAAAGAAACGGAGAGGGACGACGAGAGGCGUCGUGAAAUGAUGAAAGAAGCCAAAAGACUGAAAGAAUUCCUUGAAGAUUAUGACGACGACAGAGAUGACCCAAAAUACUACAGGGGCAGCGCUUUGCAGAAGCGACUUCGUGACCGAGAAAAAGAAACAGAAUUGGAUGAGCGAGACCGGAAGAGGGAGAAGGAGGAGCUGGAGGAGAUCAGACAGAGGCUUCUGGCUGAAGGUCACCCUGACCCUGAUGCUGAGCUGCAGAGGAUGGAGGAGGAGGCAGAGCGCAGACGACAGCCUCCUCUGAAGCUUGAACCCGAGGAGGACGUGAACCAGGAGAAGUCUCACAAGGAUCGGGAUCGGGAGAAGAGAGGGUCAGGAAGGCCUGCAGAGCCGAUGCCGCGAGCCCCACAGCAGCAUUCGGACGAUGAUGACGUGGAAGGGGAGGAGGAUGACUACCAUGAUGGUGAGGACUCACAAGAGGCCAAGCCGCAACUCAAACCCAUCAUGCGGCCAAUCACUACUGCUCCCUCAGUGUCCUCUGCCAGUGGGAACGCAACUCCAAACACACCUGGCAACGAAUCUCCCUGCGGCAUCAUCAUUCCAGGCGAGAACACUCCUGAGGUGCAACCUCCAGAGGAACACCGGCCCAAGAUUGGUCUCAGUCUCAAACUGGGUGCCACCAACAGUCCCAGCCAGCUCAACGUUGGAAAGCGAAAGAAGCUGACGACAGUGGAAAGUGUUUUCAACAAGUUUGAUGAUGAGGAAGCUGAUGAGCAGCCUCGCAAAAGGAAACUGGUUCCACUGGACUAUGGUGAUGACGACAAGAGUCUGGGGCUGGAUGGGGCAGAAAUUUCAGGGGCCAAAGGCAGCAUCAACACAGAGGAGAAACGCAAGCACAUAAAGAGCCUUAUUGAGAAGAUCCCCACAGCCAGGCCUGAGCUCUUCUCCUACCCUCUGGACUGGGCUAUGGUUGACUCGACUCUGAUGGAUCGUCGCAUUAGACCAUGGAUCAAUAAAAAGAUUAUUGAAUACAUCGGCGAGGAGGAACCCACGCUGGUCGAUUUUGUCUGUUCAAAGGUGAUGGCACACAGCACCCCUCAGGGUAUUCUUGAUGAUGUUGCUAUGGUUCUCGAUGAAGAAGCAGAAGUCUUCAUAGUAAAAAUGUGGAGGCUGUUGAUAUACGAAACAGAGGCAAAGAAGAUCGGACUGGUGAAAUAAAGAUCACAUGUGUCUCUGACUUAAUUAGCAGUUCUGCAACCUACAGUUUUCUGGCCCAGCAGACUGUAAACAUGUGUCUAAACACCCCUCUAUUCCAUCAGCAAGGAGCUGCUGCCUUGUAUGUGUGUGUGUUGGAAAGGAAAGUCUGUGAACAGAAAGCGUUUGCACAAACAUACUGCAUGAUAAAACUUUGGUUGUAUUUUUUCCUUUGUUGAUGCUGAGGCAAAAGACAGAUGCAUUUCACCCAUCUGUUCUCCAAUAUGUUGGACACAUUCUGCUUUAAUUUACUGUUGUCAUGUUGAGGCACUGCUCCAUUGUGUGAACUAAUAAAUAUGCUUUUUUUUAGAAAA